GUUCGGGACCCCCUACCCAAGAUCCGCCGGUUUUGACACCGGCACUACGCCUCUCCUUUCGUUUCCUCCACCUCCGCAUCUUCCGGGGCCACCACACACAGCGAACCGGGACGGGGCCGCGGGCGAGGGGGCUCAGCCUCGCCCCCUUGAUUUGGACGGGGUCGUGGCCUACCUCCACCACCGCCAGCCCGCCACCACGCCUUGCCGGCCGUCACAUCCGCUGCCCCGCCGCCGGUACUUGAGCCCAGCAGCGCCUCCCUCCCUGGAGGAGCCGCUCCUGCCCAGCAGCGCCUCCCUCCCUGGAGCAGCCGCUCCCGCCUAGCAACGCCGUUGCCCGAAGCUGCGCCGGCGACCCGUCCAUAGGCAGGUAUGACUCGGCUGCCAAGAAGAACCUGCGGUCUGGCUACUUCCUGUGGUCAGUGUAAGCCUACAGUACCGGGCUUCUGGUCGAGUAUGUGGCACGGGGAACCUUAUGGACGGGCACAGCCAGCCCGCUCUGCUCUACAUGUCCCUUUCACCCUGGGUAAAAAAGAAACCAGCAUCACCAUCAGCAUAGCUAGGCAUGGCGAUGGUAGCGGAGAAGUGGAAGAGCGCCAAUUAGGUCCUACUGUGCAGCAGCACCAACUCGAUGCAUCCUUCUUCCUUCUCUCUCGGGAACGGCGCCCAGCAUCAAGCAGCACCAACUCGAUGAAGGGAGGGGAGGAUUGAGGGGCCAGCCGUCCGGGGCUUGCAAAUGCACCAGCAUAUCAACUGCAAGUAAAACCAAUCGUAUGCUUACACUUAAAAUUUUGUCUAAAAACCGUGGCAUCCAUCCAUCCAUCCCUUUUGGAUGUUCAGUGUAUUGUAUGACUGAAUAUGCAGCAUUAUCUGUUAUUAUCUAUUCUGAACCAACCUGUUUUUGUUACGCUCGCACAAGUUCAGUUUUUCUCAAGUAAUAAUAGCCUAAUGGUUUAGAGAUUUCACACCUACUUUUAAGUAAGAUUGUUUAAAGUCAUGCUAGACAGUCAAUCUGUUGCCGCUAAAGUCUAAACUUUUAUCUUCAUGCUUGUCCAUGGAUGUUUUACUCGGAAGGAUUGUUGUCUGUGCUCAAUGGUUUUGAUUCGUAUGAGGCAUGUCUGGCUCUACUAUUGUACAGCAGUACAACGAGUACAAUUUUGGUUCUAACGAAAUUCAUUCCCGACGUGAUUUUGCCGAUGCCAUAUACUCAUCGGUUUGUGAUAUCUCUGCAGCAGCACCACCACCAACUCGAUGCCGGCAGAGGAGGAGCGAGGGGCCAUCCUCCUUCCUUCUCUCUCGGGAACGGCGCCCAGCAUCAAGGUUAAGGUCUCCCUUGUCCUCGACGCCUCCCUCUACCUCGAUUCUCUAGGCUUAGCCUGAACUUGUUUGAUUUGCCACUGGUCUGCAUUUUUUUACUUCUGCGCUUGACUGGAUGAGGGGCGCCUUGAUCCAUCCGUUGGCGAAGGCGAUCGCCUUCAAGAUUAGAAGGGGAAACCAUCGCUCACUGUACAUACACUUUAGAAGGAAAUCACAAGUGCAUUUUCUAUACAAAACCAUUAUGUGGUCAUCUAUCUUACAAACUAUUCACACCAGAUUCGUAUGGAAUAGCACUCAUGGAGGCAGUUGAACUAAGCUAUCUAUGCCUAACUAUCACUUCAUAGUUU